GAAGUAUUUCUGCUGCUUCUGCUUCUCCACAGAUAUCAGUAUACUAUCAUGUUCUUGGAGAGAUGGCUAUCAUCAGACUUUUGUUCACUGCUCUUCUGUUGCUUCCUUUCUUUCUAUUCUUCUCCUCCGGUGCCAAACCCCAGACUGCUGCUGAUACCCUCUCUCGAGGCCAAUCUCUCUCUGGGGAGCAGACCUUGGUGUCCAAGGGUGGCAGCUUCGAAUUUGGUUUCUUCUCCCCAGGUAACUCCCAUAAGUAUUACGUAGGCAUCUGGUAUAAGAAGGUCUCCAAGCAAACUGUUGCUUGGGUGGCGAACAGGGAGAAACCUGUCUCGAAUGCUUCAGCUUCAGAGCUGAAGCUAUCUGAAGAUGGCGGCAAUCUAGUCCUUGCGGACUCCAAAAACCAAAUCUGGUCAUCCAAUUCAACCUCCACUGCUUCAAACUCCACGAUCGCAGUGCUGCUUGACAGCGGUAAUCUCGUCUUAAAAGAUGAGUUCGGUUCUCAUAUUUUCUGGCAGAGCUUUGAUCACCCAACAAACGCAUGGUUCCCCGGAGCAAAGCUGGGGUAUGAUAAGCUCAACAAAGUGGACCGCCUCCUUACCUCGUGGAGGAAUUCGGAAGAUCCUUCAGCCGGCCCGUACUCUGUCGAGAUCAGCCCGAAUGGCAUCACCCAGUUAUACUUUCUGGUUAACAGGACUCGACAGUACUUCACUACUGGGGUUUGGGACGGGCGAAUAUUUAGUGCGAUACCAGAAAUGAGGGCGAUCAACUCCACCUUCGACUUGGUUGCCGGUAAAAACGUGAACUACUUCAGUUAUAAUGUCCCCGACGCUUCUUCUAUCGCGAACUACAUGUUGGAUUUCACAGGCCGCAUUAUAUGGCAGCAAUGGGACCCUCCUACAGAGAAGUGGGUAAUGUAUUGCUCGCUUCCAAGGGAUCCAUGUGAUGUUUAUGCUCUUUGUGGGUCCUUCAGCAGCUGCCGCAACUACAGCUCUCCCUCCUGCGAGUGUUUGCAAGGCUUUGAGCCUCUGUCCAUGGAAGAAUGGAAUUUAGGCGACCACACCAGAGGCUGUGCUAGAAAAACAUCUCUGCGGUGCGAUGGAAAUGAUGGAUUCGUGAAGUUAUCCGAUGUGCAGCUGCCCGCUAAUCCUGAAUCCUUAGCAGCCAACAGCACCGAAGAGUGCGAAUCCACUUGCUUGAACAAUUGCUCGUGUGUCGCUUAUGCUUAUGAUACCGAGUGUUUGAUGUGGAAUGGGGGUUUUCUCGGCCUUAAAAAACUGCCGGUUGGAUCGAAUAAUGAUGAAAUGUUGGGAGUUCUUUAUCUUCGGCUUGCUGCUUCCGAGUUAGUGAGGCCUAAAUCUGAGAAGGCGAGGACUGUGGCUCUCAUUAGUUCUGUGGCAGGUCUUGUUCUUAUCACCAGCCUUGUUUCGGUGUUGAUCUGGAGAUUCUGGAGGAAACCUGCUUUUGGAGUUCCUGAGGCAGCUCGAGGUUUUCUGGUUCCAUUUGAUUACAAAGAUAUAAAGAGGGCCACCAAGGAUUUCUCCGAGAAGCUCGGGCAAGGAAGCUUUGGGGCUGUGUUCAAGGGAAUUUUGCCGGACUCGACUGUCAUAGCUGUCAAGAAACUUGAAGGUGUCAGGCAAGGGGAGAAGCAGUUCAGGAUGGAAGUGAGCACGAUCGGGAUGAUUCACCAUGUCAAUCUAGUCCGUCUCCUCGGGUUCUGCUCUAAUGGUGAUAGAAGGCUACUGGUUUAUGAUUACAUACCCAGGGGUUCGCUAGAUUCAUGUUUGUUCGGAAGUAGCUCUGAGAUCUUAAACUGGAAUCAGAGAUACCAAGUUGCACUGGGGACUGCGAGAGGCUUAGCUUAUCUCCAUGAGAAAUGUAGAGAAUGCAUCAUGCACUGCGAUAUCAAGCCUGAGAAUAUACUUUUAGAUAUGAAUAUGUGUCCCAAGAUUGCAGACUUUGGUAUGGCAAAGCUCCUCAGUCAUGAAUUUAGCCGAGUGCUGACGAGCAUGAGAGGAACUUUUGGCUAUCUAGCUCCAGAAUGGCUCACAGGCUCUGCCAUCACUCCAAAAGCCGAUGUUUAUAGCUACGGAAUGAUGCUCCUUGAGAUAAUCUCAGGCAGGCGAAACACAGACAGAACAGAAGAUGGAGUAUUUGUGUACUUCCCUCUCUGGGCUGCAAUCAAAGUGAAUGAAAGGGAUGUUCUUUGCAUACUAGAUCAGAAGUUGGAGGGCGACGCCAAUGCAGAAGAGCUUAGUCGAGCUUGCAAAAUUGCUUGCUGGUGUAUUCAGGAUCAGGAGACCAGCAGACCAACAAUGGGACACGUGGUUCACCAAUUGGAGGGAGUUCUAGAUAUGGGAAUGCCUCCGAUCCCUAGGUUGCUUCAGAAACUUGCCGCGGAUGGCUUCAUCAGCACCUUGUCAGAGUCUACAGGGGAAUUCUAUUCUGCUCAAGUUUAAAGCAUGCCAUGGUGAUUGGCAGACAUGUACUAAAUAAAAAAUCAUGCUGUAUUGGUGGAAUAUUUGGCCAUUUCUGUAUGAUGUUAUAUAGACAUAGUAGAAUGUCCUGCCUUCUUGUAACUCCUUUAGAAUAAUACCUUAUGUCGAUCCUCAUUUACAGUAAAUGGCUUUGGUUGAUCUUUUCUACAGUUGUUCCCUCUGUUCUCUUCAGGUGUAAGCAAACUAUCUUAUACUUGGGAUUUGUUCUUCCUCGCCCUUUCCUGAU